ACAAGCGAGAACCGCACACGGACGCUGUUUUCGCUUGUAUGCGUACGAGAGUAUCGAAGGCGGUGGGGAUACCCCGCUUCGAUACUCUCGAUGCUCUCCGGCGCGAUCUGGCAUCUCUGAUAUACUGUGACCGUAUACACUUCUGCCAUUUUGACACAACGGAGAGACGGGGAGUUUCUCGUAGGGGAGUGAGUUUUUUUCAUAUAAAAUUGUGACAUAAAAAAACACAAAAUUAUUGAAACAAUUGUAACUUUAGAAAAUUGAGACGACGUGAAUCAUGGCGGAAUAUUUAGCAUCUAUAUUUGGAACUGAGAAAGACAAAGUGAACUGUUCUUUUUAUUUCAAAAUCGGAGCUUGUCGCCACGGCGAUCGCUGUUCGCGAAUUCAUAACAAACCUACGUUCAGCCAGACAUGCUUACUUCAAAACUUGUAUGUCAACCCUCAGAAUUCAGCAAAGAGCGCAGAUGGCUCUCACUUGGUUGCAAAUGUAUCCGACGAAGAGAUGCAAGAACACUAUGAUAAUUUUUUUGAGGAUGUAUUUGUCGAGUGCGAAGACAAGUACGGAGAGAUUGAGGAGAUGAAUGUGUGUGAUAAUCUGGGUGAUCAUUUAGUGGGCAAUGUUUACAUCAAAUUUCGAAGAGAGGAAGAUGCAGAAAGAGCUGUAAACGAGUUAAAUAAUCGCUGGUUUGGCGGUAGACCUGUUUAUGCCGAACUUUCACCCGUAACGGAUUUCCGUGAAGCUUGUUGUCGUCAAUACGAAAUGGGAGAAUGUACGCGAUCUGGGUUUUGCAACUUCAUGCAUCUAAAGCCUAUCUCGCGCGAACUGCGUCGCUACUUGUACAGCCGUAAGAAGAGCAGCAGAGGACGAUCUAGAUCGCGUUCAAGAUCACGCGGUCGAGAUCGCAAGCGCAGAUCCAGAUCGCGCGACAGACGAUCGAGAUCGAAAGAUCGCCGAAAGAGAGACGAUAAGAGUAGAGACGGUCGGUCCGGUAGAUAUUAAAAAUAUUGAGAUCUCUGUAAAUAUUCAGUUCAAGCACAUUUCGAGGUCAUUAUUUAACUGAGAGACUGAGAGACAUAAAAUUAGUCUACCUCGGAGUCGAGUGGAUCAGCGUCUCAAAUAUUGAAAAAUAUUGACUUAUCGACACUUCCGGCUCAAAGUCUUUGACACUUAUCUGGGGAAGAUUUUAUUUUCUCAAUCUUACUAUAUUCCUUACUAUAUUCAUAUAUAUAUAAAGUAUUUACAUUUAAAUAUAUAAAAUACCGUGAGAACGCAGCGACAUAUAUUCGUGAAUGUAAUAUAAAACUUACAAAUUUUUGCACAAAAAAUUCUCCAACCUCAGUUUAAAUCUCACAAACUGCGUUUAUAUUAUAAAGAAAACUAAAACAAGAUAAACACAUACGAUACCAAAUGCACAAAGCAGUUGACGGAAAUAAAAGUUUAUUGAUGAAAUAUAGAAUUAUCAAACUAUUAU